GGCGAGCAGUGGGCACCACCAACACGGGAUAACCGGCAAGGGGGCUGGAUGAGGAGGAGCCAUCGUAAGCGCUGCGGCUGUUGACACCCUCUGUUUAAACACCCCAAUGGAUCUCUGCAUUGCAAGAGCUGUGAAUCGCUGUUGGUAGCUCUGAACGGUGUAUGGAAGAUUUCCCCAGUCUUUGCUCAUUCUGUUUUCCUGUGAUUUCUGUCCCUUUCAGGUAAAUGGAAGAUUUGGAGACUAACUUAAUCCAGACACGCAAAGCAUGCAGAAUAGAGCAAAUGGUAGCAAAAUGGCUUCAUCGCUCUCGGGACGGUGCGUCCAGGGGCAGAGUGUCGGCGGCAGACAGCGCCGGUGACGGCAGCGGCCAGCCCACCGGCCGCGUCCAGCUUACGGUCACGGUGUACAAAGACCUGCUCCUCCAUCACUACGGCUUCGAGGUCUGCCCAAACCUUCCUCUCACGAUUGCGUCCGUCACCGCAGGGAGCACCGCCGAGGGGAAGCUGCAGCCGGGCGACCAGCUCCUCCUGAUAAACUCGACUGCUGUGGACAACCUGUCUGUUGAACAAGCAGCUGACAUCAUCAGGGAGGCCGGUGACGAGCUCCUCCUGACCGUCCUGCGCUGCACGUCGGGCGGGCCCAAGUCGUCGUUUCUGACCGCGGAGAAGAGGGCAAGGCUGAAAACCAACCCCGUGAAAGUCCGUUUUGCGGAGGAGGUGCUGGUGAACGGACACACGCAGGGGAAUUCUCUUCUCUGCAUGCCAAAUGUUCUCAAGGUGUACUUGGAAAAUGGACAGACGAAGGCUUUCAGGUUUGAGACGAGCACGACUGUGAAGGACAUCGUUCUCACCCUGAAGGAGAAGCUCUCCAUCCGCAGCGUGCUGCACUUCGCCCUGGCUCUGGAGGAGCAGUACAACGUGGCCAAGAUCCACCUGCUGCACGAGGAGGAGCUGAUCGAGCAGGUGGUCCAAAAGAGAGAAUCUCACGACUACCGGUGCCUCUUCAGAGUCUGCUUUGUACCGAAGGAUCCCUUAGACCUGCUGCAGGAAGACCCGGUUGCCUUCGAAUACCUCUACCUGCAGAGCUGCAGCGAUGUGCUGCAGGAGAGGUUUGCCGUGGAGAUGAAGUGCAGCGUGGCGUUACGUCUGGCUGCCCUGCACAUACAGGAGAGGAUCUAUGCCUGUGCUCAGCCGCAGAAAGUGUCGUUCAAAUACAUUGAGAGGGACUGGGGAAUCGAGAACUUCAUCUCCCCGACUUUGCUUCGAAACAUGAGAGGGAAGGAUAUCAAGAAAGCCAUCAGCUACCACAUGAAGCGCAACCAGCUGCUGCUGGACCCCCGGCAGAAGCACACGCUCGCAGCCGUCCAAGUGCGCCUGAGCUACCUGCAAAUACUGGGAGACCUGAAGAUGUACAACGGGAGGAUCUUCAAUGCCACGCUGAUGCUACAGGACAGAGAAUCGUACGUCGCCCUGCUGGUGGGCGCCAAGUACGGGGUGAGCCAGAUCAUCAACAAUAAGCUCAACAUUGUGACCAGUCUGGCAGAGUUUGCAAGCAUCAGCAGGGUGGAGCUGGCAGAGGAGUCUGAAAAAGUGAGCAUGGUGAAGAUCUACCUGCAGGACCUGAAGCUGCUGACUCUGCUGCUGGAAUCAAACAGUGCAAAAGAUCUUGUGUGCCUCAUCAUUGGCUAUUACAGACUGUUUGUGAAUGCAAACGUCUCCAUAUUUACCUGGGGAGAGAAAAAACAGCAACUGCACCGUGUCUCAGCUGAAGAAGGGUACGAGUCCCGAACGUGCAGCGACUCUGAAGACUCCUGGGAGCUGGACUCCUCCUCGGAGCAGGGCCCGGAGGCGGCUGCAGCGCCCGGCGGCGCCCGUCCCGCGUGCGAGGCGCUGGGGGAGCCCCGCAGCCCAGACAAGGACCGCAGAAAGGAACGGCCCGCAGGGGGUGACCCGUGCGAUGGGGGCGACAAUGCAACAGACAGCACAUCCGAGGCUUCGGACUCAGCCAACACCGAGAGCCGCGGGUUUAAGACAAGUGGCUCCAGCGACUCUAUGGACGCACUGGAGGAAGAUGAGCUGGAAGCUUGCUCUUCCUCCAGGCCAGAGUUGUUCCAUUUCUGCAUGCCAACAGUGCAGGAGAUGAGCAGCUCAGACAAGAGCUUCCUCCCGGUUCGUGCUGCAGGAGGCUGCAGCGGAGCAGGACCCAGGGACUACUUCUGUUUCUUGCAGGUGCCACUCGCAGAGGAGCCGGGGCGUGAAGACAACCCCUCCGAGCAGAGACAGGAGGACAUCAGCGCGUGUGCGCUGGGGACCAAGCUGUCUGAGGGAAACACCAUGGGCUAUUACAGCCUGUGCUACAGCACAUCCCCCGCGGAAAGCGUGGAGAGGAGCAACACCAGCCACAGCCCCAAAAGGAGCCCUUGGAGAGACCUGUCUGCCCAGGAAGAUUCACCCUGCGGUGCAGAGGGGACAGCAGAGGGGACAGCAGAGGGGACAGCAGAGGGGAGCGAGCUCACGCUGGAGCCGCCCCCAGGCUUUGGUGACACCAGCUCCGAGGAGGAGUUCUACGAUGCUGCGGACAGGCUGAGCCCUCCGGAGGCGCGGGCAGCAGGCUACAACACGAGCUCCUGGGAGGGCACAGACAGCUCCUGUGUCCGAGAGAAACCAGGGUGUGACAGCUCGGGGCAAACCCUGGUGCUGAGGCAGAUGGCAAGGGAGAAACACAGACGGGAGAAGGAGCUGACGUGCGCCAAGAGCCUGAGGAAGAGGAGAUCUUUCCUGCAAACGGAUUACACCUCGCAGGUCACUUUCCCGUUGGGUUUGCCCGGCUCUGUGCAGAACCGCUGCUCCUGGCCGCCCCCAGCGCCGCUUUCCGCUCGUCCCCCCGCUCCGCCGUCCGCAGGGGACACCGGGGAGGACGCGGAGCUGGGGCUCCAGGCACAGGGAGACACGAGCCCGUACUCUGACCUGCUGGAAAUGGAGCCUGACGCCAUGGAAACUAAAUCUGUGACUGAAUCGGUGGUUUCCCCCAUCUCAGCAGUCCGCCUGCCGGGUGAGCAGCAUGGGGAGGGGGGCGCAGGCGGUGGCCCCCAGCCGGCACUCGCUGCACACCCGCCGCUCCUGUCCCUUCCCAGGGGACAGAACACAGCUGCCCAGGAACGCCACUCCACGAAGACAGAUGCCGAGUGGGCAAGUGGGGAGAGCUGUGUGGCCACCAGCCACGGGCUGGUCCAGGCGGCUCUGGAGGAGGCGACCACAGCCCAGCACGAGGCUGGUGACACGUCCCCGUCCCCGGGCCAAGACCUGCCCUGCCCUGCUAGCGAACAGACGCCGCUGCCGCCCGCCCGCGGCCCCCGUGCGGCCGCUCCCCGUGAGGUGGCCCAGGAGCAGGAGCCGGUUGCCACUGCCGGGGGGCAAGGGGUGUGUGCGGAGCCUGUCCCAGCUCCCUGCAAAGAAAGAAAAGCCACUUCUGACAGCUGUGCACAAAACAGCAGCGACGGCGCCCUGUCACAGGCAAAAAGCAGACAAGCGGUAAGCAUGGAGGCCUUAUGGAAAGCGCACAAGAAAACAUGCGUGGGUUUUCCAGACGCAACCCAGCUCUUAACAGAUUGCAGCAGCACUUCGGGGGUUAUAACUCGCCUCUCCUGGCUCUCUCUCAGGGUCAGGACAGACCCCACGUCACCCAGCCCGUCUCAGGGAAGGGCAGAUGCCCCCCCAGAGUUUUUGGCAUCUCAGAAGACCAGCGGGUGCCUGGGGGCUGAUGCUGUCAGAACGGAGACACAGACAUGCCCAGCCGGGCCCCCCUUUGAGACAGAGCCGGUGUGCCAUGGCGUGGAUGAGGGGCAGCCUGGAUCAGAGGCGGGAGAUGUGGCUGACGAGCAGCCACGGCCCGUUCAGAGACCGUUUCCCACAGAACGGGCUCCUGAGGUGGGAAAAGGCUCUGCCUCGUCUCUAGGGCUUCCCGCCUCCUCAGGCCCAGCUCCCUUGGGCUCGUUGGGGAGGAGCACAGGAGACCACGGGGCUUCAAAACACUCCUUCCUCUGCUUUAACCACAAGGAUGAGCCUUCUGACGCCAUCACGAGCGGGCCCUCGGGUUUUUCCGCAGAGAAGAAGACGCCUCCAGCGCAGCUCGGGGUGGACCAGUGCAGCUGCCGGCUGUCCUACAUCAGCUGCUUCCACCGGCCCGACGACCAGGGGGAAGGGGAAACGCCCGUCCCCACGUGCCGCGCGUUCCCGGGGCCGCUCACCGCCGCGCCGCCGCGCCGCCGCAGCCUGCCCGGGACGCCCCUGGGCUGCGGGGACGUGGCGCGGCGGGGCCCUCCCGCCCAAGCCCUCGGCUGGCUGAACGACCAGGCGCAGAUGAGCCCUGCAGAUCUCUCCUGCUUCCUGGGCUACACCGCGGAGCUUCAGGAGGUGGUGGGGAAGCUCUCCGGGAACCGAGCCACCCACCCGCAGGAGCAAUGCGCAGAGCAGCGCGCCGAGAGCAAGGCCGCCCUCGGCAUGGCCUCCCGGCGCCUGCUGUCCAGCUGCCAGGGGCUCCUGAGCACCGAGCAGCCCCCGCGGGAGCUGCAGGGCGCGCUGAGGGCGACGUUCGGACACCUGGUGCAGCUGGCCGAGGCCUCGCUCCAGGUGUCGCACUGCCCGCGGUGCCGGCAGAGGCGGCGGGCGCUGGGGGCCGCGCUGCUGGACGUGGUGGGCACGUACCGGCAGCUGCUGCAGGCUGCGGAGCCGCGGCUGCGCGGGCCGGGCUGCGCGGGCCUGGGCGCCCGGCUCCUGUCCCGCCAGCACACGGCCCUGGCCGCCGCCGCCUUCUGCCUGCUGCAGCAGCUGUGACCGCGCUGCCCGGCGGCACAGGGGCCCGGCCGCGUUCCCUGGCCGCUGGCAGCGCGUUCAGCCCCACAGCUCCGGGGCGGGCGCAGGACGCGUCCGUGGGCUGAGCCCCACGCAUCGGGGGCGGCCGUGGGCAGGACGCGCCGCCCUCCAGCCUGGCCGUGUGCCGUUGUGCGGACACAGCCUGUAACAUGCAAACUCGUAGAGCACCUCAGUGGCUUGUGUAUCCUGCCUGGGGCUUGUCCCUCGCCGCCCAAAGGCCUUGCAGGUGGCCCGUCUCCAGGUGGUGUCUCAGCCGCCUUCUGUCAGCUGUGGAGAGGGACAAAGCCUCUUGUCCUGCUUUUCCUCCCGCCCUCGCCCUCCGGGCACACUGUGAGGCAGGGACACCAGAUCCCACCCUGGCCGACAUGAAGGAACCCAGGCUGCUUCGUCCACCUCGUGUGGCUGAGGAUGUGUCCAGUUGUGACAGAAAGCUCUUUGGGAACAAAGCUACGCCAUAUUUAACUGCUUUUACUUGCAAGGGCAGAAGAGGGUUGUCCCAGGUGAGAGACGCAACACCAAAUCCUGCCCUUCUGACAUGGUUUCUGUGUGUCAGACAGCAAUUCUGUUCCUGUGUGCUGGUGCCUGAGGGAAGCUCCUGAUUAACGCCCCUGCCCCGUGCUACUUGCAGAUCUGCAUCUUCCAGAAGGAAGGAGUAAUCCUGGAGACUGAAAUGCCACCUUCACGGCUGCCGAGAGGACAGGCCCCUUUUCCCAGCUUUGUCAGCAGAUCUUCUUCCACCACGUGUGGUGUUUCCCAGCGGCGUGCCAGCUGCUGCCCGCACGGGUCGUCAGCUCUGCAUCCCUAAGGAAUCCCAAGCUGGAGCAGGACCUGGGCAGCAACAAGUCCCUGAUGCUGGUGUCUCACCCAGGGGCUCGUUUGGGAGCUGUGACUUUCUCGAGGGACACCUGCAGCCCCCCUGCUGCAUGGCAAGCUGCAGCAGCAGCAGGUCGGUUGCUGCAGUGGGUUGGUGGCUGCAGCAGGAUGGUGGCUGCAGUGCAUCGGUGGCUGCAGCGGGACGGCGGCUGCAGCGGAUCGGUGGCUGCAGCGGAUCGGUGGCUGCAGCAGGAUGGUGGCUGCAGCAGAUCGGUGGCUGCAGCGGAUCGGUGGCUGCAGCGGAUCGGUGGCUGCAGCGGAUCGGUGGCUGCAGCUGCACGUGCUCAGGGUGCAACGGUCUGCAGAGGCAGCAGAGGCGGGUGGUGUGUCCCAGCUCUGCCCCCGCACCCCACAGCUCCCCAGCACUGCGGGGACAGGGCUGUCCUGCGGCUCUGUGACAUCUGAGCAAGGCCAGCUCUGCUUUUUGCUCCUGCUUUAGUACUUCCAGAGGGAGCAAAGGGCAGGUCCUCGCAGCUGAACCCCGGUGUGGAGGGGAUGUUGGCUGGGGCGGCAGGGAGAGCUGCAGCCCCCGCAGGAGACCUCCCUACCAGCCAGGCAGGCACACCCCCACGGGAAUUCGGCAGCCUUGAGCAGCCCAGAGAUGCUGAGUGAGGGCGGGCGGCGCUGCUGGCCCAGACCCCUCAGCCGCUGGCGGCUGCUGGUGAACCAGGGCCGCGAUGACAGUGGCAGCGUCCUGCACUGUGACUGAGGCGCAGAGCUCCCCCCACACACCGACAGCUGAUGUGCACGGGGAUGUGAGGAGCAAGAACACAGAGAGCCCCUUGGCACAGCAGAGGAACAGGCACCAGCCCACGCACACCCACCCGUGCGGGAGCAGCACCGGUCUCCAGCAACAGCUGCUGUGGGUGCUGCCGACACCGGCUGACGGCACCGAGUUACCGGGGGCGUGCAGAAAAACCAGGAGAAACGAAAACACAUAAGCAAAUGACAUUGUGAUUUACCUCCAAGGACUUCAACCCUUCCACUGGUGGGUAGACACAGUCAUUGACCAUAAGGGGAUAUUUUUUGUAGCAACAAUGGCUAAGGUAACGUAUUGAAUUACAUGCAUCGAAAAUGCU